GAUUUUUUCUUUUUAUUUACAUCUUAAUUAUCCAGUUUGUUGGGACUUGGUGUUUUUUAUGCUGGCGCCUAUUUGUCGCUUAUUCACCAGUCAUUCCCAUACAGAGUCGAGCCAAUGUUACAAAAGCUAUUUCACGUCCAUCUCCAAUUUACCUUCUCCACCACACACAAAAGGAAAAAGUUGGAAAUAUCUUGGAUUUUUUCACAAAAAACAAGUUACAUUUCAACAAUUUAAUUCAUUUGAAAAAUAUAAUCACUUGCUUUUUGUGUUUUUCCUGGUUUUGAUUGAUUCCUAAAAAAAAGAAGAGCUUUCUAGAAUCGUUGGAGGAAAAGUUUUACCUUGCACGAAAGAAAGACUUGAUAUUUUGAAAUAAAAGAAGGCUAUUAUUGAUAUAAUUGUGUUAUUACCGCAAAAAUCCACAACAUCAACUCCUAAGAUUUGAUUUAGCAUUCCUUCUUUUCCACAAAAAAAAGAGAAACGGAAUUUGUUCUUGUUUUCCUUUACUUUUUUAAUAUCAGUUUGCUAAACGUUAAAAGACCAUCUUGAAAAACUAUGGAACGCGUCGUGAAAUUAGCUACUAAGCGUUGCCCUUUUGUCAGCAAGACUGACGCUUCCACCCUCCGCAGAAUGAUGGGAGCUGGUUUGGUUCGCGCUGGUGCCCAUUGUCCCAUUAUGGGAGGAGCCCUUCCUGCCGGGGACGGACAUGCCCUUACUGGCAAGCGUGGAUUCAAAUCCCAAUCCAAGCACAUGGCAAAGGAACCUUCCUUGGAAGAGAUCCAUUUGAAAGCCGGUGUAAGUGACCGUAGCGCUGGCAUGUGUCGUCAUGCUCAAGCUGUCAAGGAAGCCGCUAUAAAACCCAACGAGGUUGCUUCUGUUCAUAAAGAAACACUUCCAAGUGGAGCUCGUCAAACUUAUGGAGUUUCCCCCGCCGGCGCCCCCAAGUUUGACUAUGAAACCUUCUACGAAGAGGAAAUCCAAAAGAAAUUGCGAGAUAAGUCGUAUCGCUAUUUCAACAACAUUAAUCGCUUAGCGCAUGAAUAUCCUCUUGCUCACUUGGCCGAUCCAAACACCCGUGUUCAAGUAUGGUGUAGCAAUGACUAUCUCAACAUGGGUGGGCAUAAAAAGGUUAGUGAUGCCAUGCAUCGUUGCAUUGACAAGUACGGAGGAGGAGCUGGUGGCACUCGGAAUAUCGCAGGGCAUAACCAGCAUGCUAUGCAGUUAGAACGAUCGAUUGCCGACUUACAUUUGAAGCCCUCUGCCCUUGUUUUUGGUAGUUGUUACGUUGCAAACGAUGCUACUCUUUCUACUCUUGGUAGAAAACUGCCAAACUGUGUAUUUCUCAGUGACGAAAUGAAUCAUGCUUCUAUGAUUCAUGGAAUCCGUAAUUCCAGAUGUGACAAAAUAAUCUUUAAACAUAAUAAUCUCGCCGAUUUGGAAGCCAAGUUGGCCUCUCUUCCUCUCAACCGUCCAAAGGUAAUUGCUUUCGAAUCCAUUUAUAGUAUGAGUGGAAACGUUGCUCCUAUUUCCGAAAUUUGCGACCUCGCCAAAAAAUAUGGUGCUCUCACUUUCUUGGAUGAAGUUCAUGCUGUCGGUAUGUAUGGUCCUCGUGGUGGUGGUGUUGCUGAAGAAACCCCUGGUUUGUUGGACAAAGUCGACAUUAUCACGGGAACUUUAGCCAAAUCUUAUGGUUGCGUUGGUGGUUACAUUGCUGGGUCUUCUCGUUUAGUUGACAUGAUUCGCUCUUUAGCCCCAGGCUUUAUCUUUACUACUUCCUUACCUCCUCAUGUUAUGGUUGGUGCUCUUACAGCUAUUGAGCAUCUCAAAACUUCUAAUGUUGAACGUGAACAGCAACGUUCUGCUGUUCGCCGUGUAAAGCAAUCCUUGUCGGAAAUUGGAAUUCCCGUUCUUUCAAACGAUACUCACAUUGUUCCAGCUAUGGUUGGUGAUGCUGAAUUAGCAAAGCUUGCUAGUGACUCUUUGUUAAAUGAACAUAAUAUUUACGUGCAAAGCAUUAAUUUCCCUACUGUCAAUGCCGGAACCGAACGUCUUCGAAUUACUCCCACACCUGCUCACAACACCGAGAAGUACGUUCAAAGCUUGACUAAUGCUAUGGACCAGGUAUGGCGUAAAUACAAGGUUAGCCGCUUGGAUGGAUGGGCCAGUCGUGGCAUUGAUGUAGGCCGUCUUUGCAAAUUUCCUGUUCUUCCAUUUUCUACCUCUGGUCUGUAAGUUAGUUUACCUAUAAUACCAGUACAUUAAUGAGUAUACUUUGAUGUUCAAAGUAUUACUUUUAUACACAACCAAAAUUGCAAGAGAGAUACAUUGUAGAAAUCGACAUAAGUAAGGAAAAUUAAAAUAGUAAAAUUUAAG